UUGGAAAAUUAUCACCUUAGUGUACUUUUCCCCAGCCUUUGGAACAGUCGUCACUGUCCCCUUGUAUCCCUGAGUCGUCAGGGUCUGCUCCGCCUGGCCGACCCGCACUACACAAUGCCCAAGGUUCCUGACACUUUGGCAAUAAUGCAUGGCUUGCUCGGUGUUGUAAAGUCAGAAUAUGAGUCUGCAGGCCACCUGUCGUCAGAGUUACUACGUUCUUUGCACAUGCUUCAUGGGCAGACACUUGUCAGUGCAUUGGACUUGAUUGACUGUAAGAAGGUUACGAUAGUCACUUCUAGCAGUGGCCGAUGGGUGUACCAGGUCACUGGAAGUGCUGGCACUCCCUAUGUAUGUUUACCUGACUCUAUUUUCUGUCAGUGUCCAGCAUUUAAGUUUUCUGUGCUGAAAAAGAAAGAAAGUGUUAUGUGUAAACAUGUUCUUGCAGCACUCUUAGCAACAGCAAUGGGAGUAACAGAUAAAAAGACCAUCUCUGAUGAGUAUAUGAUGGAUCUUCUGUUUCAGAUGGAUUGACUGUAAAGAUGAAUAAAUAAAUAAAUAAAAAAAUCCCAUU